AUGCACGAUUUGUGGCUGAAAGUUGUCAAGGAAACAAAGACUCUUAACCCCCUUGAGUUAUGUUCAUGGAAAAGGUGGGAAAUAACACAAGCCAAUCACAAUUUUGAAUGUGAUUACAAUUGUGUUUUACCUGCAUUUUUAUAACAAAAGGAUACCACAUUAGGAAGUAUAAGAGAUACCUUGGUGAUCCCAGUCUACCAGUACCCAAAUCAAAAAAGCUUGACUGUAACAAGCAUUCAGUAACACAUUCCGACACAGCUAGCCAUCUCGCUUCCUCAGUCUGUCUUUCCACUGAACUAGCAGUGGUGCCAAGAGAGUUGAGAAACAGAGAAACAUUUGCAUGAGGCGAAAGCAACUAUAUGAAAUUACAGAAGUGCAUUGGAAUUCUCAUCUACAAAUGGUUAUGCACAGUCCAAAGCAUUCCCAAGCUUGGAAAGGGGUAUAGAGAUGGAAGAUACAAGGUUGUCAUUUUAUACCACAAGUAAAAUUUUAUACCAGACCUACAGAGUACAACACAAUUUUGUUGGUAGCUGACUCAGAGAAGAACAACAAGAAAACUUUAGAGCUGUUAUUAUUGAAGUGUGACUUGCACUUUUCAUUUGAUUAAUGCAGAUGAAGAAAUUAGUACCUGAAUGAUCCAAAUUAGUAUCUAUAGGUCUUCAAUAUUACCACACUUAACACAUUGUCAGAAAAUCUGGCACUUUGCAAGGGCAUCCAACAAAGAAAACUGGAACAUAAGGGGGAGAAAGCCCUAGCGACUGUCAUCCUCAACAAAACAUCCACGUAUGAGCAGCUAUUAGUUAAGGCAAACCGACCAUCUCUAAACAACAGAAGACUACAGGAUAUACUAAUACUGAUGUAUAAUGUGAAACAUAGUAUGGCACCUAACUACCUUUGUGAACUGUUUAGCCUGAGUAAUAAGAAGUAUAAUUCGAGAAACUCUGACUUUAACUUGCCAAGUUUUAGAACAGUUAGGUUUGGAAAACAUUCAAUUAGGUACCUGGGACCACAUCUAUGGGCGAAAUUAUCUAAGAAAACUAGGGAAUCAUCAUCUUUAGCUAUUUUUAAAAGAAAAAUUCGUGAGAUGGACAUAAUAAUUUUAGAAUCUUGUGGCUGUAACUUGUGUAUUCUAUGUAACAGCUAA